CGUUGUUAAACGAGAUUUGAUAAGCUUUCUAUAAAAAAACGCCGGGUUUCUUUCAGUUUCUUUUCCGAUCUAAAUUUUGCGUGCGAUAUAUGUGCGGAUGCAUGCUAUAUGCAUCAUUUUAUUUUCGUUCGAAUUUUACGAUAGUAGAUCGCAAUGUAAUAAGCUGAAAUAACAAAAAUUUAUAUGUAGUCAACAUUGAAACAUCUGUAACGACACGGCUUAAUUUUGGAUGAUUCACGCAUCUUUUGAUCGCGCGUGCCAGACAAAAUGCGACGAUAGCUAAAUUCUUUGGCUUGUUAAUAUAAUUGCAGCAGAAACAUUUAAUCCAUUUAAUCGUGACGAAUUCAUCGAAACUCUGUGUCAUGUGUUUCGCCAGACUUGUGUUCUUCUCUGCGAUUUAAUUAGAAUUUUUUAUAGAGCUUAUGAGUGUAGUCUAUUAAAGUGACACAAUGCCUGGAAAAAUAAAAGUGAAAAUAUUAGCUGGUCGUAAUUUACCAGUUAUGGAUCGUUCUGGUGAUACAACAGAUGCAUAUGUGGAAUUAAAAUUUGGCACUAUAACAUACAAGACAGACGUAUGUCGGAAAUCAUUAAAUCCACAAUGGAAUUCAGAAUGGUAUCGAUUUGAAGUUGACGAUGCAGAAUUGCAGGAUGAACCUUUGCAAAUUAGGUUAAUGGAUCAUGAUACAUACUCUGCAAAUGAUGCAAUAGGCAAAGUUUACGUAAACUUGAAUCCAUUGUUAUUACCUGGUAUGCUGCCUCCGGUAAAAAAUAUUUGGACUCUAGAAGCAACUAUGAACACUAGUGCUGGCUCACAAGGAUCAGUUAUGACUGGAUGGAUACCUGUAUAUGAUACAAUGCAUGGUAUACGUGGCGAAGUAAAUAUUAUUAUCAAAGUGGAAUUAUUCUCUGAUUUUAACAAAUUUAGACAGUCAUCAUGUGGGGUACAAUUCUUUUACUCACCAAAUAUACCAUAUGGAUAUCAUGCACAAAUGAUACAUGGAUUUGUCGAGGAACUCGUAGUUAGCGACGAUCCUGAAUACAAAUGGAUCGAUAAAAUACGAACGCCUAGAGCAUCAAACGAGGCACGACAGACUUUAUUUUUUAAAUUAAGUGGAGAAGUCCAAAGGAAGAUUGGAUUGAAAGCCUUGGAUCUUGGUGGAAAUGCUGUGAUUGGGUACUUGCAAAAUUUUGAUCUGGAAGGUGAAUCCGGCAUUGUUGCCAGAGGCAUAGGUACAGCAGUGACGCUCGUAAAAUUACAUGAUGUUCUCGGUUUCCCUUGCGACAAUGUCAACAUUGAGGAGAUCGCAUUCACGCUCUCCUCAUGCACUAAAGCUCAAACCGAACAUUUAAAUGCCGACGACAAUGCGCCGUUUAUUCCCAUUUCUAUUCCUGCUUGGUAUCCCAUGCGCAUACCCAUAAAUAGGGGUCUUUCAUCUUAUGCGAGGUCUUUAUCAUCACUAACGCGUCUAGAACGCGUUAAGACUCCUGGGUGUGCCGAAGCGCGAAGAAAACGUGGCAAGCGCAUUCCGUUUUUCCGAUGCAAUACUUUGAGCACUUUAAACUUAAGGAUGGCUGUUUCAAGCAGUUCGGAUCUCACCCCGUCUACGGAACUUAAUCGAAACUUUAUCGACGAGACAAAAUCCUUACGUACCACGCUGACGGCAGAAAACAUCAUCGUCAGGAAAAAGCCGAGAGAUCAACUCUCUAAACAUAUCAAGCACUUACGCGGUAAAUUUGGCUCAGUUAGCGAAGAGAAUCACUCUUCCAUGCAAUCCAAUUGCAAUUCCGAUACAGAUCUGAUCCAAUCGCUCGCCAUAAAUUCUAAGGAGAAGAAAAACAGUAAUGAAACCAAAACUAGCAUAAUGGCCUCCUUACUGAUCGGUUCUAUACGGAACAUGCCUCUGGAGAAUGUCGGAACUGAUAAUCUUACCUCGAUCGUUCCUAGCGAUGAACAAUUGACAACGACGAACAACGAUGAAGUAAGUGAAGCGUACUGUAGAGAGAAUCCUCAGGAGAAUGAGGAGAUCAAAAGUGAGCGACAAGACAACACAUCGUUAUCGAUUGAUGAAACGGAGAUAUCCUCCUUUUAUGAUGAUGAUAAUUCCUCGGAUGAUGAAUCGUCGAACGGCACCACCAGUUACAAUAUCUUGGACUCAAGAUAUUCACUCGAUGAUGACAGAACGGCAGACUCGUCCAGUCUUCAGGAGAAGAUUCCAAUUACCAUUCGUUCUAGCGCGGAAAGCUGCACGGAUUCUACCCUGCAAGUAGAUUCGGAUGUAGCAAUGAAUUGUCAAUUGUCAUCGAAUCCAGAUUUAACGAGCACGGAAGAUAUCGAACUACGAAAUAAUGUGAUUCCUGUAAUUACCGUGGACAUUCAUGAGAGCGCAGACUCGGAUACGUCGAAUAAUGAAAGUUCUAAUAUUACAACUUUGGCGAAGACCGAUAUCUUUGUUUCGAAAUCAAUUUCUUCAUCGGAUGAACGAGAAAUCGAUGACGUGGUAUGUAAAAUUGAUGCUUCCGAAAAAUUCAAAUCGGAAAAAAUUGAUAAUUCAUUACAUGAAGCAUAUCGUGACGUUCAUUUAAUGACGAAACGAGAUCCUUGUCGAUCGCCUUCUAAUGGGCAAUCAGCGCAACUUGAAUCCCCAUUUCCCACUGAACCGGAAAAUUAUAUAAGUACAGAUAGAGAGGGAAAUAAUCUAGCGAUCGAUUCACCGCGCACGACGACAAGACGUGUUAGCGUAUCGAAAAAAGAAUCACGCAUGAAGGCGAUUGUCGCCGAGAGACGGAGAUGCAUGCGUGAUCUAAUCGAGCUUAUCGAUACAAAGAUGAUGGUACCCACGCAUGCGACUCAUCGCGGUAAGAGAGCUGUAUCGCUGAAGAGCAAGAAAAGAAAACGUGAAAAAAAGAUGCAUAAAAAAAAUGCAAAUACAUCGGAGAAUUCGCUUGAGAAGAUUCCUUCGCGCCGUACACCCACGAGAAGGCACGCGACGUUGCAUAGACGACGUCGCGGAGAAGACAUUCCUUUUCGCAUUUUUCGCGUUCACUCGAUCCCCGAUUAUCUCUCUUCAAAGCAGCAACCGAACGUCUCGAUUUUUCAUACCAUUUCCCGUUCCUGCGACUCUUCCCUCGUUAGUUUAACCGAUUAUCGUGUCACGCGUGUAUCACGCGGCUCGAAGCGAUCCGCUCUGCUUUCUCCAACAGCUCCCACGUUCGAUGAUUCAUCCGAGAUCUCGAGACAAUUGCCAAAAAGCAGUCACAGCAAAUCUGAUACGGUAUCCGCGGCAUCUGUCAACGGCGCUACUCGCAAACGCCCUAGCACAAUUUAUAAUUUAAAGAAAGCGUCAUGUCACAUUGAUAACACUAAGCCCACUAACACGGCUAAUAUUACUCACAACUCGUGUGUGUCCCGUCCUUCUCCCGAUCUUAGGCAGCAAGACGAGGCGUCCAUCAGUCCAUCUUGUCCGCUUCCGGCUGUCUCCUCGAUGACCGUGAAAAUGUCCCAGUCGCCAGCGACCAGAACCCUCGCCAACGUUCCGCUUCAUCGAAGAUCGAGCGAUUCCGAUCUGAGUGUUACUCCCAAAGGUAACUCUCUCGGCAGUGACAGAUCGAUGGCGGGACCCUUAAGGACACCGGCUGCGAUGGUUAGAUCUAUGAAUCAAGAUACGUUAGAAAUGCUAGAGUAUCCGUUCAUCACGAUGCAACAUUAUCCAUCUGGCUUCAUAUUACAUAUAGGUGGUCUAGUGAGCUCGAGAUCUGUGAAAUUAAUCGAGAGGAUAAGUAAUUUGGAGGAACCAGAGGGCCGUGAUGCCUGGUGGACCGAAAUCAGGAUGGAAGUUAGAUCACAUGCAAGAGCGUUAGCUUGCAACGUUGUUAUAGGCUAUAAAGAAGAAACUAGUAUAUGUGACGAUGUGUGCGUACUGAGCGCUUCUGGUACAGCGGCGGUCAUAAAUUUUCAUAAUUCUGGUCAAGAUUCGGACGGCGUCGUUCUGAAUAAACUCCAACAAAAUGUACCUGCUGUCGUCGAUUCGGAUCGCGAGAAGAGUCAGCAAAAGUCAAUGAUGGUAACAAAGGCGACGGAGAAAGUCGACAGUGACACGGCCACAGUGACUCAUUCGGAACGGCUAAACGGAAAGCUGCACCGACGUUCUUCUGAAAGUAACGAACAUGAAAGCUCAUGCGCUCAAUCACAAUUACGAUGCAAUUUGUGCCAUCUUCCUUACAGCGAGAGUAGCGUGCCAUUUAGAGUUAAUGUAUCAAAGUGUGCCAUAUGCAAACGUGCCAAAGUCCCAGAUGUGAUGUUCACCACUAUAGAAGUGCCCGCGAAUAUACCGAUGACUGGAAGAGGCUGUUUCAUACAGGCUACUGUAUGCAAGAGCAAAAAGGACCUGCGGGGCGAGUUGAACGCGAAAGAGAUAUCCGAUUGUCUGCCUUUCCUAGAAUACGAACUCCACAGUUUACUAUUGAAUAAACUCAAGAUUAAAGGCAUGAACGCGAUCUUUGGUCUCAAGUUGCAGGUUUCUGUGGGAGAAAGGUUUAUAAUUGGCAUGGCGGUAGGCACCGCAAUUUAUCUCACGGCAUUACCUCCUCCUACCAUUCCUCAAAUAGCAUCUGGCAAUUCGUGGCACAACGAGGAGCAAUUGGCGGAGAUGCAAAAGUCUAUUGUAGAAACGGUGAAGAAGAAUAGAGAGUUUUAUCACCUGAAACCAAUUGGAGUUAAUGAAGUGGAGAAUGGACGCGUUCCGAGUACCUCGGAUACAGACGAAUCAGAUGAGGAUCUACCGGAACUUGACCUUGGAUUGGGUACUCGUGACGCAUGUGUCUUGGAAGUUGACGACAUCGAGGAUAUGGAUCGAAUAACGUCAUUGAUGGACAACAGACCGCCUGAUGAUUUUCACGUCGUUAAUACGCAGACGAUUCCUGGUCUGGAAGAUUUAGAAAUUGUUAGAAAUUUACAAAUGUUUACACAAAUUUCAAGGGCUAAGAUCCCUAUAGGACAAUUCACAUCAAUGCCAUCAAAAUAUUUUGCCAGAUUACUUCAGUCCUUAUAUUUUAAAUUAAGGAGGAUGGUUCCCUGUGCUCUAUGUGAUAUGCAGUUUAAAGUAGCAUUACCUGAGCAAGAUGAAAUACAAUUGACUGUCGUUGGUAUGGCACUUGGAUUGGGAGAACCUUUGAAUACGAAUAAAUAUAAAAGAAAAAUUGUAUGUCGUUCGCAGAGCAAGGAUCAAGUAAGAAAAUCAGAUGACAGUGAUAUGAUAUUUAGUCUCGACGAGGAUCAUUUAGAAAACAAUGCAACAUCUGACAAUGCAACACGCACUUGUAUAGGAAAUCCCACAAUCUUGAGUACUGUUCCUGUACAAAAGCCAAGACCACGCUCACCUUUACGUUUAAAAUCAUUUACUACUCAUAGACGUAAACAUGUGCCUUUGAAAGGAAGAUACGGGGUGGAUAUAACACCUUUAUCUUACUUGCCAGGUGGAAGGAUAGAAAGAUAUCAAGGCAAUCUAAAUUUUUUCUUCAUUCGUGAAAGUACAUCGAUACGGGAGAAUGGUGGACUGAGUGGUUUUACCCACAGUUUUGUGAUGGAAGUUUUGGCGAUUGUUCGCGCGCAUAUUACGGCAUUGGGAGGUAAUGCUAUGGUAGCGUUCUUUAUGACUCAAUGCGUGCUUCUUCACAGUCCUCACAAAAAUCAAGGUCAAUGCUUGAUUAACGUAGGUGGCGAUGUAGUAACAGUAUCGUAUUACGCGGAUGAGAAGCAUAGCACCAUUUCAAAUUGCUGACCCCAGCCUCCACAUUCAGCACCGCCUUAAACAAUGAUACAUUUGGAAUUUAUUCGGCAAAUAUUUAAAUUUAAAUGCCAACAUUAUUACAAUAGGUAGGACUAAUUCAUUUCUGAAUUUGCAAGAUUUGUAUCGCACUGUGCAAUAUUUAAUUUGAUAUGAUAAUGAUAUUCUUUCUUGUUGCAAUCAAUAUUGUUAUUUAUUUAUUUUAACAAA